AUUAUUUGCUCAAUAUUUGAAUGUAUAAAACAAACAAAAAUUUAUUGUAAACAUUUUUUUUCCAAGCUAUUGGCAACCCUACACGAUCAGCUGUGGCCAACUGAUAAGAAGUGGUCAGAUCAGAUCACAUUGUUAGUUUUAUUUGUUUUUGUUUUAAAUUGUGAAGAUCGCAAUCGUGUCAUCCGUCGCAAAAUGGAAGUUAAAGUAUUGGAAGUCAACAAAACACUGCCAUUUGAUCCCACCCUUCUAACGGUCAAUAUAUCAUUGCGUCAAGUUGAGGAAAUCGCCUUGAGCAUCUCACAGCGUUGCCAUGUGAGUGGGGUCAAUGAGAUCGCCUGGGCAUUGAGGGCUCUGAUGUUGACGGACUUAACGACAUUGGCCGGAGAUGAUACGGCUGCCAAUGUACGGCGAUUGUGUCUACGUGCUUGUUAUCCAUUUGAACCGCAAUUCUUUGACAAAUAUUUUGAACGUGCCCUUCUCUCCGAUGUGCAUACGGCUGCUGUGUGCGUGUAUCCAGCCCGGGUUAAAGAUGCUUACGGAGCUCUUCAGCAAUAUGAUAUGCUCGAUAAGGUGGCCAUUGCAGCGGUGGCCACAGGAUUUCCUACAGGACAAUACGGUUUGCAGACCCGUCUGCAAGAGAUUAGCCAUGCCAUAUUGGCCGGAGCCACCGAAAUUGAUAUUGUAAUUAAUCGUCAAUUGGCUUUGGUGGGCGAUUGGGAGGCACUGUACAAUGAGGUGGUUCUGAUGCGCAGCGCUUGCGGUGAAAGAGCACACUUAAAGACUAUUCUGGCCAUUGGAGAACUUGGAACCAUGGAGAAUGUAUACAAAGCCGCAAUGGUUUGCAUGUUGGCUGGGGCGGAUUUCAUUAAGACAUCCACUGGCAAGGAGGCAGUCAAUGCCACUCUACCCGUUGGUCUGGUUAUGAUCUUUGCCAUCCAGGAGUUCAAGCGUCGUACAUGUCAAAUAGUCGGCCUAAAGCCGGCCGGAGGUGUGCGUACAGUGCGCGAUGCCAUAGCCUGGAUGACUCUGGUCAAUGAAACUCUGGGCAUGCGUUGGUUACGUCCAUCACGUUUUCGCUUUGGUGCCUCUGGCCUGCUAGACGAUAUCGAACGGGUGGUACGCAGCGGUGUGGCCAAACUAGAAGCCGAGGAGGCUGCCAAAUUGAAGAGUUCCGCACCUGAAUUGCCCAAGGAUAGUGCUGCAGAAUCCUUUUGCAAGGAGUUGCGCAAGAAACAAGAAGCAGAAUAAAUCAAUCACAGGGACUACUACUCAAUUUUGGACAGGGAUUAAUACAAUGUAUAUUUUUUGUGUGUGUUUUUGCAUUUACAAAUUAA